AUGGCACGAACGAAGUCUAAGAAGCAAACGCAUCUAGGUGCCAGCAAUGGCCCUGGGAAGAAAGCUACUCCGGCAAACUCUGGUUCCAGAGCGCCGAAAAGCAUGGUCAUCCGAAUUGGAGCUGGAGAGGUGGGACCGAGUGUGAGCCAGCUAGUGAAAGAUGUACGAUCAAUGAUGGCGCCUGAUACAGCAGCGAGGUUAAAGGAGAGAAAGGCGAAUAGGCUGAGGGAUUAUCUCACCAUGUCUGGUCCUCUGGGGGUGACCCACCUUAUGCUGUUCUCGAGGUCCGAAUCUGGGAAUACAAACAUGAGGCUUGCGAUUACUCCGCGCGGACCAACACUACAUUUUCAGGUGGAGAAAUACUCUCUGUGCAAGGAUGUGAGGAAGGCUUUGAAACAUCCAAAAGGUGGUGGAAAGGAAUACAUCACCCCGCCGUUGCUUGUUAUGAACAACUUCACUUCUCCCACCGACUCAGAAUCCGAAAACAAAAUACCGAAACACCUUGAAUCUCUCACCACUACCGUCUUCCAGUCCCUUUUCCCGCCAAUCUCCCCACAAACCACACCACUUACUUCAAUUCGACGGGUCAUGUUACUAAAUCGUGAACUUCCCAAAGAUGGUGACGACGGUUCAUAUGUUAUAAAUCUCAGACACUAUGCCAUCACAACGAAAGCCACUGGUUUGUCAAAACCGCUUCGAAGAUUAAACGCUGCCGAGAAGCUUUUACAUUCACAGAAGGCUAAAGGCAAAAAAGGUGGACUGCCAAAUCUUGGAAAACUGGAGGAUAUCGCCGAUUAUAUGGUAGGAGGGGCGGAUGGCUCGGGAUACAUGACGGAUGCCACUAGUGGAAGCGAGGUUGACACUGACGCGGAAGUGGAGGUUGUAGAAACUAGAGCAAAGAAACUCCUAUCAAAAAGGCAAAAAGACCGGGAAGAUGGCAAGGGCAAAAACACAGGUAACAACGUCGAAAAGCGGGCCGUUAAGCUUGUGGAAUUAGGUCCUAGAAUGAGAUUGCGGAUGACGAAAGUCGAGGAGGGCGUGUGCAGUGGGAAGAUUAUGUGGCAUGAAUAUAUCCACAAGACGAAAGAAGAGAUCAAGGAUAUGGAGAAGAUGUGGGAGAAGAGACGACAAGAAAAGGAAGUCAGGAAGCGGAUUCAGAGGGAAAAUGUUGAGAAGAAGCGGAAGGCUAAGGGUCUUGGUGCAAAGAAGGACGAGGGUGACGAUGAAGAUGAAAUGGACGUUGAUGAGUGGGAUAGUGAAGGUCUCGAAGGAGACGGCGAGAUGGAGCUGAAUGAGGAUAUGGAUGAAAGAGGCGAGUGGGAGGAUGAAGAGGAAGAGAUUGCUGCUGGGUGA